AAUAGAUUCCAUAUUUAAAAUAACAGAACCUAAUAAUUAUUGGUGCUUAGUUAAUUCAUAGCAAAUGAAUAUUUGCAAUUAUCCAAUAUGAUAUUUUUGAGUUUAUUCGUAUCUUGUGGUUUUGGGCUCGUGAGUAGUAUUGACAUAAUAAAUAUAGCCAACGUUUGGGGUACGGAUCCGUUGGGUAUUUAUGUUUCGUGGCAUAGUAUAUAUUAUUCAUCAAAACAUGACGUCUCUGGAUAUAAGGUCAAGUUAUGGACAGUCAAAAUGAGUACUGAAAAGAAAUACGGUUUGGUUAACGCUGAACAAUACCCUGGUUUGAUUCAAAACGAUAUUACCCUUGAGAAAUACCAGGUGAAUACUACACUUAGCAGCAUCCCGAGAGAGAUAAUAGUCAAUGGGAAUUUUCAAUCGCAGGUUCUUAUCACUGACGUAGAAUAUAACGUUAUAUAUGAACUUCGACUUCUAGCAUUUAAGGAUAAUAUCGAAGGACCUAUGUCUGAGCCUAGAAGGAUCAAAAUCGUUAAAGGAGAUGGAUACCACGCAGUUAUCCAGAAACUUCCAACUGGAUGUUUGUUUUCAGUGCCUAAUGUGUUACGUCACAAUGGCGAUGACUAUCCAUUUGUUCAGGACUCUUAUAUAUAAUAUCCAAAAUAUUUUUUAAUCUAAGCAUUGUUAUUAAAUCUUCAUAAAUACACUU